AUGCGCGAGGCAAUUCGUGCAGUAGAUAAUGGUGAAUGGAAAUUGUGGAGUCCAGUCUGGAUGUUGGGUACUCAAUUAACUGGUAAGACCGUUGGAAUUGUUGGCCUUGGUCGAAUCGGUGCAGCUACUGCGCAUCGACUUAAACCUUUUUUGGGUGCAAAUGGAAAAAUAAUCUACUCCGGAAAUUCUGAUAAGCCGAUGGCCAUAGAGCUCGGUGCAACUAGAGUUAAAUUUGAAUCGUUAAUUAGAGAGGCGGAUAUUAUUUGUAUAUGUUGUGCUUUGAAUGAGCAAACAAGAGAGAUAUUCAAUUAUGGUGCUUUCAAAGUAAUGAAAAAAAAUGUGAUUCUUGUGAAUACUGCACGUGGUGCAAUCAUACAACAAGACGACCUUAUACGUGCUUUGUCAGAAGGUCUAUUAGGUUCCGUAGGACUAGACGUGACAACACCGGAACCAUUAGGUCCUGAUCAUCCUCUGUUGAAAUUUCAAAACGUAAUCGUUCUUCCUCACAUUGGUAGUGCAACACUGGAAACACGAACAAUGAUGGGAAAUCUUGCCGUUGAAAAUGUUUUGUGUGGUGUUCGAGGACAAACGAUACCUA